UGUGUGUGUGUGUGUGUGUGUGUGUGUGUGUGUGUGUGUGUUGGUGUAUAAAGGAGCUGGAAUCCUCUCUGGGUUAGUCUAGUCACAUAGGUGAAGUGAGAACUUGACCUGUCAGUCACUAUGGGGGUAAAGGGCCUGUCUUCACUGCUGGAGGACAACAGAAGGAUCUCCCCGGACUUCCACUUCAGGGACAGCAAGCUGGUGGUGGAUGGAAACAAUCUGCUCUACCACCUCUACUUCUCGUCCAACCUGGACCAGAACCACGGCGGGGAGUACCUGGCCUUCCAGGCAGAGGUCAAGGCUUUCUUCAAGACUCUGGCCGACUGUGGAAUCAAACCAUACCUGGUGAUGGACGGAGGCUCCGGCACCAGCGACAUCAAACUGGACACCCUCCUGGACCGGGCCAGAGGAAAGGUCAAGAAGACCCAUGACGCCGCUUCGACGGGCAGGAAGGUCAACAUCCUCCCCCCCGUUACCAAGCACGUGUUCCGACAGACGCUGAACGAGCUGAACGUGCCGAUGGUCAAGUGCUUCGGAGAGGCCGACUGCCAGCUGGCUGCCCUGGCCAAAGAGUGGUGCUGCCCGGUUCUGUCCACAGACAGCGACUUCUACAUCUUUGACCUUCCUGGGGGGCUUCUGCACCUGGAUCACUUGCGGUGGCGCGCAGUGGAGACGCGUCGUGGCAUUCCCUGCAGGCGAUACACCACGUCCAACUUCUGCACCUUCUUCAACAUCGACCGCCAGCUGCUGCCCGUCUUCGCCUCGUUGGCUGGGAACGACUACGUGAACCUCAGAGAUGUUAAGUGGGCCAGAUACCUUCCAGCGGGAAGUCCUAAAAUGAAGUUCAGCGCCGCUAACCUGGUGGGCCUCCUGAGUUGGCUGGGAGCCAGGACAGACCGGAUGACAGAAGACACCCUGACAGCAGUGAUGAAACUCAUGCGCAGCAUGAGUCAACAGGCGCAGACGGAGGCGCGGAAGAUGCUGAAGACGGCCAUGCUGGAGUACGAGCUCCCCAGCUCCUCUCUGCGGGGGUUCUUCAGUGAGGGAACCUUUCCGCCGCUGCCCGCUGAGAUGUUGCGCUGCGUCCCCGACUGGGUCCGUGCGCCCCUGGCCAGAGGAGAGCUGAGCGGUGACGUGUUGGACCUGCUUGUGCACAGGCGGAUCAAACUGCAAACCCAGGUGGAACGCAGCGACCUACAGAGCUCCAACCUCACCUCGAAGCACAUCCGGCAGGUGUGGUACGGGCUGCUGCUGGGCCAGAGGGGGGGUGAGGUGGAGGAGUGGGACCGGGUCGGUCUGGAGCUCGCCAGUGUCAAGGUGCGACCGCUGGUCCAAGGAGCCGCUCAGACGCUGAGGCUGGACUCUCUACCCCAGGCAGACCGCGCUGUGAGGCUGCAGGUGUGUCUGGAGACGCUGGGCGUGGAGGAAGAGACGCUGGAGGGAGUCCCGGCUCACCUGCGCCUCCCAGUGGCUGUGACCCGCUACUGGCUGAGGAGGGCCAGCCCUGAGCCGACGCUCCUCAAAGCUCUGCUGAUGGUCAUGGUCCAAGGAGAACUGAACCGACGGAAGGGAGGGACAACAGGCUGGCAGGGGGAUACCAGACACAACCCUCAGCCUCUGGAUGGUGUCGUGGCUCACAGCUUCAACCAAUGGCAGGCCUGCCUGAAGGACGCCUCCCAGCUCAACCUGCUGCUCUGCAAGCCCCUCCCUGAACCCCACUACGCCUGGUUGUUCCAGGGCAGGCUGGUGCACCGGCAGAUCCAGAAGCUCCAGGAGAGGGAGCCAGAGGAGCACAGUGCCGACUUCACCCGCCUCUACAGGAGCCUCCUGGCAGCAGUGACCCAGCCAGACCCCGGGGGCGACGGGAGGGCUGGGGGGCCCGAGGCCCAGCUGAGGGCCAGCAUGGGCCAUCUUCGUCUCAACACCUAGGAGGGGGAGGAGGAGGAGGAGCUGGGCGGGGCUGAAGACAGUCCCUCUAUUUGGACUUUCAUUCAUUCAUGUCUCCCAUGUCUUAUGGCCUCGUUUAAAAUUAUAAAUUCCCAGGUUAAAAAUAAAUUAUAAUCAACAUCAUAACAAUGUCAUUUUAAGUGCUGGGUGAGGGGGGGGUCAUAAAGAAAAAUGUCUGCUCAUAUUUCAUUGACGUGGAGAUUCAUCCAGUCCCACAGAGAUGGACUAGAACCAAAAUAACAUCCUGUUUGGCAGUCAGAUGAGCUCACAAGUUUUUUCUCCAAAUACGUUCGUUAUUCAUUCAUCCUUCAACAUUUUAAACAAUUUGUUAGCCUGAUGAAAUGUUCUGUCUUGUCCCACGCAACUUUAAAGGGACAAUAUUUUGCCACCAGGUGUUACUGUGAUCAGUGUGACCUAGAUGUCUGAUUGGAUAGAUCCGUCUCCCAGCCCACCCAGUGGACUGUAGCAAAUGUCGCUGAUCUAUCCAUCAUACAUCUCAGUGGACACGCCCCCUUGUGAUGUCACUAAAACACAGGAAAAGGCCGAUUUUCAACAGCUUGUAACGGCCAAUCACACUCCCACCUAGUGGCAUAAUAUCACCCCUUUAAUUCAAACAAACCUUUCAUGGUCUACUAGCAGCCAUUUCGAAUGUGUUUAAUUAGAUUUUGAGUUAGAAAAUAAAUAUAUAUAAACAUACUAUAAUGUAUCCAGCUUUUGAUUUACAAUUAUUCCAUUGCAUUAAUUUUUUAAUUUCUUUAAACUGACAUGUUUUCUAUGUUUUAUUCGUUCCAUGGCAAUACAACUAUAGAGAAAAGUCCAUUGUUUCAAUAUUAAAAAUGUUUAAUAAAAGCUUAUUAAAAUUCAA